AUCUGUAAUUCAAUUUAAGAAUUGUCGAACGAUUAUUGUAGGUUAUGUUGUACGCUUUUCUUUACGAACGUCGCGUCGUAAUAAACCUCGUCGCCGCAUACGAAUCUCGUUUAUCGUGUCUUAUAUUUUCGCUGUAUUGAACGGCACAUGUGACAAUUUCAUCGUCGUUCAAUUAUAAUUUUGUGCUCUGUGUAAGAGCGUCGAUUCAUGGGCGAAUUGUCAUGUUUGCAGACUAUGCAGAGUAUUCGUCAGUGUGUCAGGAAUUUAGCGUUGUGCGGCAGGUCCGCGAUCAACAGAAAUGGAUUGUCGACCGCGACGAGUCUCGCGCCAGCACGCAGCUUUCACAUUUCCACGACAUCCAGCACGAAUUUGCGACCGCCAAAGAGAUUUCUACAGUACAAUAGGGCUGUAUUUCCACCCCAAAAGCUGGACGAAGAGAGUAGACCCGCUUAGGUGUGCCACAUGAAAGCCAACAUAAAAUACAGUCUCAAGAAGAUGUGGUAAGUCGCGAUUUUAGUGCGAGGAAUGUCCGUGGACGAGGCUGUGAAGCAGCUGAAUUUUAUACACAAGAAGGGCGCCGAAAUCGCCAAGGAAGUUAUAUUAGAAGCCCAACGCUUGGCUGUGGAAGAGCACAACGUUGAGUUUAAGAGUAACCUGUGGGUCGCGGAAUCGUUCUUUACCAAGGGUAUCGUAAUAAAGGGCCUACGGCGUCACGCUAGGAGACGCAUGGGAACCAUACACUACAGGUACUGCCACUAUUACGUACGCCUGGAGGAAGGACCGCUGCCCAAACAUUAUUACCUGCCGUAUCCCAAGACCGGCGAGGAAUUGUUGGACGAUUACCUGAAAGAGCUGCACACGCGCAAAAUACCGAAUUCUUUAUAAUGUUACGAAUACUGUAAACAUAUACCAAAUAUAAAAGAUUGAGAUGGGAAA